UUAUUCCUUUCGUAUUCCAGAGUACUGUUCAAAAGGCUCGCCUACGAGUUAGAUUGUACCCACUGACCAAAAAGAUGGCGUCAGGAGGAGAUGACUAUGAUAUUGAAGCUUUGACAGAGAAACUGAAGGCUUUUGCUAUGGCCCAGAUAAAGACCACUGCCAAGAUGGAUAGUAAGACAGUUGGAAAGGUAGCCAAGGAAUGCUGGCCCAAAGCCCUACAGACCAGAGUGGAUUCCAGCGUUUUUCCAAAAGUUAUGGACAAAACUACCAAAUCUAUAAAUCUCGAUAAUAAGGAUCAAAUCAGAAAGUUCAUAUCGGAAGCUGCCAUUCAGUAUGAUGACGUCACCACGAAAACAAAAGAGUUCAAGAAACAUGAGAAGUUUCUGGCCGAGAAGAUAAUUGGAUCUGGUACAGGAAUAAAGCAAACGGAAAUUUCCAAAACCGGGGGAGUUGACCGUAUGACGGACACCUCCAAAUACACUGGGUCCCACAAGGAGAGGUUUGACGAAUCUGGAAAGGGCAAGGGCAAAGAAGGUCGUGUGGAUAUGGUAGACAACUCUGGAUAUGUGGGGAAUUACAAGGAACAGGGGACCUACGACAAAAAACACUGAUGCAUGUCUUAUUCUAUUUUUUAUAGCUUAGUUUUAUAAUGUACAGUACAUGCUUCCCAAAGUUUUGUAGAUAUGUUUAAUCUUGUAAAUAUUAAGCAAUGUUAUACUUUCCUGAGGUAUACUUAGGUAAGAAAUUUAGUAAAAUAGAUUGAUACAUGUACAAAGAAAUAUUGUAUAACUAUUUGUGCAAAAGAAUACUUUUGUGCUGAAGAAACACAUUGGCUAUAAUCAAGAUACAAAUAUAUGCAUAAACCAUA